UUCAGUGAAAUAGAUUUACAUAUAUAUAACUACAAAAUAAAUUAAAUUAUCAUCUCAAUUACUUAUACUAGUGAUAAUAAUACUAGAAUAACAGCAAUUUAAUUACAUACAUAGUUUUGCGUUUGAGAAAAAUUCAAUUAUUGUGCAAAACUACACAAUCAAUACAAUAAAAACAAUGGAUUCUUCAAUUCUGUUACCAAACUCUGUGUUUCAUAAUCCCAUUCUGGAUAUCGACGACCAAAACAAAACACAUACUAUAAAUAAAUUGAUCAGGGACUUUACGCUCACUGCCGACACAUUGUUUAACAUUAAACGGGUGUUUAUUGAUGAGAUGGAGGCGGGCCUGGCCUUAGCUCCGGAUAGUAAAUCAUCUCUACUCAUGCAGAAUACGUUUGUACCGGAGUUUCCCGAUGGUAACGAGUCGGGUUACUAUUUGUCACUAGACUUGGGCACUACUAAUUUACGGGUAAUACUGUCCAAACUGGUUGGUGGCUCACAGAAAGGGGUGGACAAUGAGUUUACUGUAAAAUACUAUGACAUUCCCAACGAGUGCCGCAGGGGUUCGUCCGAUAAUUUAUUCACAUUCCUGGCCGAGUGCAUCGACGACUUCGUGGCCGAGUCGUUGCCCGGGUAUGGGAAACGGCUGGCUCUGGGCUUUACCUUCUCGUUCCCGAUGACAAUGACUGCCCUAAACGUGGGUAUUCUGGAGACGUGGACCAAAAACUUUGACUGUCCGGACGCCGUGCGGGUCGACUGCGCCCGACUGCUCCAGGAGGCCAUCGACCGCCGGCCGGGCCCUCUGCCGGUCGAUGUGGUGGCCAUAUUGAACGACUCGACCGGUUCUCUGGUUAUGGGCGCAUACCUGGACAGGGACUGCGCGGUGGCCAUGAUUUUGGGCACCGGCCAUAACGCGUGUUAUAUCGAGAGGGCCGACAGGAUUGGCAAAUGGGCGGACCGGGAGGGCUCGGUGUACGCCGAUGUGCGCGAAGUGGCCAUCAAUAUAGAGAGCGGUGCGUUCGGCGACAACGGGUGCCUCGACUUUGUGCGCACUCCGGUAGACGACCAGUUGGACAGGGAGUCGCUGUUUCCCCGAUCCUUCACGUUUGAAAAGUAUAUUAGCGGUCAUUAUAUCGGAGAUAUAGUGAGACGAGUGUUGUUAUUAUUGACCCAAAAGGGUGUCCUAUUUGGCGGACACCCUUCCGAUGCUCUCAAAACUAUGGACAGUAUAUCGUCGGCCGAUCUCUCAAUAAUUGAGGGGUAU